UAUGUGUCGGAUGAUGUGUGGCCAGAGCAGUACUAUCCUCGUUACUGCAAUGGCCCACUUUAUGUGAUGGGUAAAUUAGCUGGACAGCGUCUGCUCGAUUAUGCGAGUAUGUUUCCAGCGCUGACAAUAGAGGAUUUGUUCUACACCGGGAUUGUUGCUGAAGUGGCAGAUGUGCGAAGAGUUCAAUGGGGAGUAAGCAUGUUAGCAAAUGCCGGGGUUGGUAUCGUUUGCUGUUAG